CGUGGUGGUCUUUCCCUCCAGGACAGGAAGAGGAACAGUAGCACUGAACUGGACACAAUAACAGGAAGAGGAAGUGGGCAGUGACCUUUCUUUCUUUUUCUUUUUUUUCGAAAAAAAUUUGAGGGGAGGACAAGGAGGAGGAGAACCUGUUGGUGCUCCCAAAUUUUUCCUCGAGUUGUUCUCUGGAAGUGUGUUGAGAGCCGCAUCAUCAAUUCACUCGGAGGAUUCAGAGUUUGGGAAGGAACAAAAUAAAUUCGACGGACACUUGCAGAGAGAAACGCUACGGAAUCAGCAAAGAUUCACAAAGGAUUCGCGAGGGUUUCGGCAAGGAUUUGGUGGUUUCGGACGCUUCGGCACUGAGAGUCCAGAUCAUGGCUUUGCUCCGGCUAUGGACCGAGGGGCUUAUUCUGGCCGUCUUGGCUUGGUCCGUCUCGCCCGGCGUUUCUCAGGACUCUGCAGUGGGAUCGGGGCGGCGGCGAGGAGUCGCCGAGGAAAUUGUGCGCAAGGAGAGCCACCCCGUCCUGUCGCGGAAGAAGCGAGAGUGGAUUUGGAAUUCGCUUUACGUGGAAGAGGAGAAACCGGCUCCCAUUCCCUACAAGAUCGGCCAGCUCAAGUCCAGUCAGAGAGUUGAGGUGAAGCGGUUUAAAAUCGAGGGCGAAGGCGCCGACGGGAUCUUCAGCGUGGACCUCAAGGGCGACCUGUUUGUCAGCAAGUCUCUGGACCGCGAGGAGAAGAGCGCGUACCACCUGACCGCCAGGAUGUACGACGGCAACAACAAACUCAUCGAGGACUCGGGAGACUUCGUGGUCCAGGUGACCGACAUCAACGACAACCGCCCCGUCUUCCCGAAAACUUACAACGGAUCCAUCAUGGAGAGGUCUACCAUAGGAACUAAAGUGAUCGAAGUGAGGGCGACGGACGCCGACGACCCCACCACCGCUAACGGCGAGCUACGCUACUCUCUGACGCCCGACGGCGACCUGUCUGCCUUUGAAAUCGACAGCAUCACAGGUAUGAUUAGCUGCAAGGUGAGCACUCUGGAUCGCGAGACUAAGAGUCAGUACGUGGCGGUGGUCCGGGCUCAGGACAUGAGAGGAAUGGCGUCCGGCAGCACGGCCACGACUUCCGUCACCGUCAGCGUCACCGACACCAACGACAACAUCGCCUCCUUCACCAGCCGGACGUACGAGCUGCAGGUUCGGGAGGACCACGAGCUGAACGCGAGGAUCGGCACUUUGAAGCUGGAAGAUCGAGAUCAGAUCCAAAACAAAGAGCCCGUCUUCUCUCUGCCCGCCGACAACAAAAUCUUCUACGUGGAACUCGGCCCCAGCAAGGACGGCAUCCUCAUGCUCGGACAGGCUCUGGACUACGAGACAAGAAACAGCUACUCGUUCAGCCUGCAGGUGCGGGAAAACUUGCGAAACUUGCGCUUUCCCGCCGACAACGUGGCUACCGCCGUCACCUCAGCACAGGUGAACGUAAAGGUGUUGGAUGUGGACGAGCCGCCAGUAUUUUCGCUGCCGACGUACACCUUCAACGUGCCCGAAGAGCGACUGGUCAACAACGUCGGCACCGUCAGCGCCAGAGAUCCGGACAAAGCCGGCAAGAGCAUCCGGUACUCUAUCUUGGACAAGGACUGUCCGAUCGCUAUCAAUCCGAUCACAGGGCAGAUGUCCACCCUGAGGACCCUGGACCGCGAGCUGGAGUCCGUGCACAUGUUCCAAGUUAAAGCCCGAGAGGAGCCAAGCGGCUUGGAGUCGUUUGUCAAAGUCAACAUCGUCGUGGAGGACGUCAACGACAACGAGCCUGAACUGGAUGUGGACGAGAUCUUUGUUUGUGAGAAUGAUGCCGCAAAGACAGUCAUCGGAACAUUGAGGGCCACCGAUAAAGACGACCAGCCGGCCUCAUUUUCUUUCAUUCUGGCCUCUCCGAGCUCCAACUUCUCCAUCAGAGACUUUGGCAACAACACCGCAGACGUGCUGGUGGAACAGGGACCGUUCAACCUGGAUGAUCCCAGAGAUUACAGCGUGGACGUCAGCAUCAGUGACGGCGGACGACCCGUCCAGACCAGUGUCACCAAACUGGCUAUCAAGGCGUGCCGAUGCGACGCCAGACGCAUCCCGACACACUGCAAGGCCGUGGCUCAGAAGAUGGGAGUGAGCGUCCACGUUCUCAUCGCUAUUCUGCUCUGCAUACUUACAAUACUGGUGAUCGUCAUCCUAUUUGUGAUGAAGAAGCGCUACCACAAAGACUCGCUGGCCGCCAUGAAGAACAGCGGCGAAAUCCACGAGCAGCUCGUCACCUACGAUGAAGAGGGCGGGGGCGAGAUGGACACCAACGGCUACGACGUCUCCAUCCUGACGUCGGCCUUCCACGAGGGCUCCCUCCUGCGCCACCCGGACUGCCUCCCCCACCCGUCUCUCUACGCCAUGGUCCAGAAGUCCCAGCCGCUCCCUCGCCAGCACCAAGUGCAGCCCGCUUCCGCCUGCAAGGGCGACAUGGCGGCCAUGAUCGAGGUGAAGAAACACGACGCGGACCACGACCGCGAAGGCUUCCCGUACGACACGCUGCACAUCUACGGCUACGAGGGCCCCGAGUCCAUAGCGGGGAGCCUCAGCUCGCUGGGAAGCUCCUCCAGCGGCGGGUCGGACUCAGACUACGACUUCCUGAGCGACUGGGGCCCCAGGUUCAGGACCCUGGCCGAGCUGUACGGCGUGGACGAGUCGUACUACUACCGCUAGUUGACCUUUUCGCCAUGACGUCACGCGUACUUCCGGGUGGCAACAACUCACAUGACACCAUCGGUAAACCAACCCUUUCAUGUCAUUUGACCGCGGCAGAGUGAUUGAGAAAACGGUAGUAAAUUUUAGCUUGUUCUCUUGGCAAUUCUUGCGUUCUUCUCAGUACAACUAUUUACAACAUCCACUCCAUUUAUCCUCACCAACAGCCUCCGCUUGAUUCUUCAUUUAGAUUAUUUACUUAUUAGGGUUUAUUAUUUUUUUUAACGGAAUUGAAAAACAACUAAACCUUUUGGGAUAUAUUGGCAGCACAACCCCAAACUCAAGUUUUCAAAUCAGCGGUAAUCAAUCACUUUUUCUGCCACCCGGCAGUUCCCCGGCGCCUAUUGUUUACAAACAUUACGAAAAGGUCUAUAGUCUACAACUGCAGCCAUCAAAACAUCCACAACACAACACACCUGAACAGGAACGGGAACAACAGCUGACUUGGAUGGCGUCACUAUUAUUGUUUCUGCACACAGUGUCUCUUCUCAUCCAAUCAGAUCGAAGGAUGCCCCAUGAGGGGGAGUGGCCAAACGAGCACAAAGCUGCGAUUUAAGGACGCAGUGAGAGACAAUCCGAGUUGACGUCUGAGUGUGAUUUGUUUAUAUGGCGUAAUUGUACACGCACGCACGCAAUACACAACAUACGCAUAAGACCCCCCCCCCCCCCCCAUUUUAUUACGAACACACCAAGCAGGUGUACCUCAUAAAGUUGUACCAGCUAUAUAAGCCAUGUAAUAACGAUUUUAUGUCCUGGUUGAUACCAAACAUUUGAAAAGAAACCAAUACUGCAAUGGUAAGAGCUUGGCCUGGCAUCUUUUUACCGUUUCACCCCAUUUGUUGGUUUGACGUUUUGACACUUCUCGGCUUUUUAUAGUUGACAAAAGCAGACAAAGCUAAAUUUGAAGUGCCCCCCCCCCCCCCCCCCCACACACACACACACAUGCAAAAUGCCUACCUCAGUAGGUACACCUGCACCAUUUAAAGACAUGCAAUACAAAAGCUUCAUAUCAAGUUAAUCAAAGCCAGUUUUGAUCGAAGCUAUCCGAGGUUGCUUUCAGACUGGAUCCUAUUGGAUACCGACUAAACUUGAUCCACAUACUGCACAUACAGUCAAACAUGAUCAGGGUUUGUGAUUGCCUAUAAAGGCCACAUAAUGGUAGCAAAGGACGACUUAUGCCCAAACGAAGCUCCUCAACUGACUUGAACAUAGUUUCUUGCCAUCAAGAUGCUAUCAGAUAGCGCCAAAGCAACCCUCUUAUGGCGGAUUUGAGUUUUUCAGCGGAUGAAAAAGGAUCAGUCCCCCCCCCCCAUGCGAAUGCCGAAUCGCGAAUAUGCAGGGGCUCACUGUAAUAACAGUGUAUAUUGCUGAUUUAAGAAUUUCGCCCAGUGUUUUACUUUUGGGCUUUUUAAAUUUCAAAAAGCGAACAAGCAAAAGAUGUUUGAUGAUGAUUUUUUUUUUACCUCAAAUAAGCAUGAACUCUACACUGUUACAUUAGGUAAGGAUUAAUUUUUGCUUUUAGUAAAAUUUGGCUAGUUUUCCUGAGUCAUUUGGUCCAUUUCGCCAGAUUAUCCACUGCGAGCAGAGAGAGAGAGAGAGAAAAGGUCAAAAUCGAGUGACGGCAAAUGGCCCAGCGCAAUUAGCUACUCGGUGUUCCUGUGCUUUUUUUUUUCCUUUGACACAAGCCAUCAUCGCGCUCAUUGUUUGGCGAGGAAAGCUCAACUCUCAGAGGCCUCCUUGCCACGCACAACUCAGGAAGCACACAGCAGCUCCGAGGUGCUUCAACUACUUUAACCUCUCAUCCCUCUGGCUACUGGCAGCUGGUGGAAGCACAUCCAUAAAAAAUAAUUAAGAAGAAAAAAAUAAAGCAGACAAUGGCUGACUGCCGUGGGAACAAAAAAAAACAGCGGACUGAUCCCAAAAAGUGUGAAUCGAGAAAGUUUGAGGUUGUAGAUUAAGGUUAGAUCACCCACGAAGGGAGAGAUCCAAGUGGUAGAAGCUGAACUGCGUUGUAAAAAGACGUUGGGCCAAACUCUAAACUCAUUUUAGACCAAUCAGAAACCAAAAGAAAGUCAUUUCAUUGUUUCAUCUAAACAAACGUUUGUUGAUAUUUGAUAAACAGAAAAUUCCGACAUGUACUGAAAUUCUUCUGUCUUGUGAAGAAUGCCGUUUUGUUUAUUGCUGUUCUUGCUUGAAGGCCGCCGUCACAAUAGCUGGAAGUCACUUUGGCGUUUUCUCGUCGGCGUUCACGUGUGAACUCGGGCUUCCCUCCAGCCUCCUUCUAAUCAGUGCUAAGCUAAACAGCGCUAAACUGAACUUCCUGCCCAUCUGGGGGAGGGUUUGAGAGAGGCGGGCGAGGAGGGGGUGGUUAUCUCCCUGGCGGUCCGACACAUUGUUCCGACUUCCUGUUUCAGUGGGCCUGAUAAACAGUCUUGGAGAGGAAGGCUGAGGGGUUGAAGGUGAAGAAGGAACAUCACGAAAACAAUGAGGCCAUUUGAAAAGUUUUCAAUGAGGCCACAUAAUGAGAAACACUCAACAUUGCUUGAUACUUUUAGAUUGAUACUUUUGUUAACCUUGUUAGUAUUGGACACAAAACAACAAUUUUGCAGAAUUUCACAACUCCUGUAAUCCCUCAUUUCUCUGUUGCUUACUCAAAACAGUAGCACCUUGUGAGGCAGGUAAACAAGCUCUAUGAUGAAAUCAAGCGUUGCAUUUUAGGGCAUGUUGUAAACAACGAGUUGCCUGCUUAAGAGCAUUAAACGUAUAUUCAAACACCAACAUGUUCAGUCAAUCAAACCAUAUAAUUUCCUUUAUCGAAGGUCCGCGAGCUUAACGCGGACACAUCAUGUGAAACGCCAGUGACGGGCGAACAGAAAUGAGCAUAGAUGUUACGGCAAUUGGAAACAACUCUAAACAGCUGCUACUUAGCACACAGAGCAGCAACGCAUACAACAAGAGAACUUAACAUUGUACAUUCAAACAUCUAAAUGUUCCACCAAAACAUAUCAUUUCAUCUCAAGAAACGUCGGCGAUCUUAAUCCGAACUCCAACAGAUGGGCAAUUAUAAACCAUCAAACAACUGCUACCUUACGCAGCAGCAACACAUACGUCUUUGUUUGAGUCAUAAUAAAGGGCCGCCACCUAUGGGUAGGGCAUUCAUUUUGCCUUUUGUCAAUGUCUCCCAUGAGGGUAUUUUUGGAAGAAAAUGGGCAAAUGUUGAGUUUGCUGAAAAAUCUACCACGCGGAAUUUUGUCUUGCUUUCUCUCGGGGUGAGAAAAUGAUUUGUUUUUCAGCCAAUUUAAGCACAGAAGAGGCGAGUGUAGAUGGACAAAUUGGCCAGCCAUUUUCUCUCGCUGGCACGGAACAAAAUGUGCAAAGAAGAAGAAAAAAGGGCGAACUGAGAGAGAGAAAAAAACAACAUAAAAUGAAAUGUUUAGUUUUUUUUUCUCCUCACAUUUUCAGACACGUUUUCACAUCUUCACUCCUCGAGUGUUAUUGACCAUUGAAGUCAUCUCUGGGGGUUGUCACGGCAACAGUGGAAACGACAAGCCCGUGCAGCGCUAAAAUUAUUGACGAGCUUUUGUUUGAAGGUAUAUUCUUGUUUUAAGUUCAAACAAUGAAAUUUGUCAUUGAGAUUUUGCUGAAAAUGUUGAAUACGUUUCGAUUAAUUACGUCAUUGUCUCAGGUUGGGAUGCGAACAUCAAGUUGUGUGUGUGUGCGCUCGCACGAUAAAAAAUAUGACUUAUUUUUUGUGUUAAUUGUGUUACUGACAAACUUUGACAUGAAAAACAUACAAAAAAAUGUGCCUCUCCUUGUGAUCGUGUGAUCUUUUUAUUUGUUAUUUCUAAGCAUUUAGUCAAUUAUGAUUUCGACACAAUCACUUUUCUAAGGCUGUAAAAAGUGUCAAUCGUUGGAUUUUUCCAAAUGAGAGAAGCAGGGUGACAACGUAUGAGUGCAAACGUUUUCUCGAUAAACUGUGAGAUUUAGUAGGAAUUUGUACAAAAAAAGUGCGACUGACAAAUUUUGUACUCAAUUAAUGAAAUCAUUCUUUCAACGAAAAAACAUCAAUUACUAUACAAUUAUUUGAUUUAUUUAUUCAAACUAAUUAUUUAAAACAACAAAAUGACAGAAUUUUUUUUUUAUAUAUAUUUGUUGUUUUUCAUACUACAGUGAUUUCUGUGCAAUUUUUGUACAAAAUCCCACUAAAUUUCGGUGAUAAGUGUAAGGCGAUCUCAUGAUCUUCACAAACAUUUAAAACUAUAUAUACUGUAUAUUCUUUGGUGUGUAAAUAGAGAAGACGCGUGCCUUCAUUAUGUCAAGAAAAUAAUACUGGAUUUUCAUUUUUUUUGUAUUAUUAUUGUUUUUACGGUGUGUAUAAACUGCUUUUUAUUACCUGACAUUUUUGUAUGUGGACAAUAAAAAUAAACUUUGGA